AUGGCUUUCAACCAACAGGAUGCUGCCACGUCAAUAAAAACAGUCGUGAAGGUUCUACAUAAGAGGUCAGUGAAUGAAGAAACGGCGAGAUUUCAGGCUGAGAACACCUGCCUGCGCAGUAAAAUAGUGGAGCUUCGUAAAGAACUAUCUGAAAUCCGGCUUGAAGUAGCGAGGAUCAACAAAACACCUGCUCCACCAACUCUUCGGGUGCGAGGAAACAAGGAAAGUGAGGAAUUGAUAAAUUCCAUUAUGCGCCAAGUUGGUGACAUGAUGAAUGCGCGAUUGGAGGUGCUUGAGGAACGGCUUCUCCCAGAAAAGCGUGUCCGCCCUCCGCUGGCUGCUGAUGUGCGCAGAGAUGUAGUAAAUAAUGCAGACAUACUACGGCGGAAGUCUGAUACAAUUACGUAG